AUGACUUCUUCAAUUAAAAAUAUUAAUCAAGAUGAUAUAUCUAAAAUCACUUCAACUCAAGUUAUUAUUGAUUUAAGAACAAUUGUUAAAGAAUUAAUUGAAAAUUCUAUUGAUGCUGGUUCAGAUAAAAUUGAAAUUACAUUUGUUAAUUAUGGUAUUGACUCGAUAUCUAUACAAGAUAAUGGGAAGGGCAUUGAAGAAGAAGAUUUUGAAACUUUAUGUUUAAGAAGUCAUACUUCCAAAAUUAGUCAAUUUGAAGAUUUAAAUAGUUUAAAUACAUUAGGAUUUCGUGGUGAAGCUUUAAAUUCAAUUUGUUCAUUAUCAAAAACUAUUUCAAUUAGAACUAGUAUUGAAAAGAUUUAUCCAAGAAAUUUCACUUUAUCUUAUAAUAAUUUUGGCGAAUUAACCAACCGAUCACAAAAAGUAGGUGGUGUUAGUAAUAAAUCAGGUACAUUAAUAACCAUUGAAAGUUUAUUUCAUAAUUUGCCAGUUAGGUUAAAAAAUUUUAUAAAAAAUUCAAAAAGGGAGUUUCAUAAAUGUAUUAAUUUUAUUAUAAAUUAUUUGUUAAUAUAUCCUAAUAUUAAAUUUACAAUUUACAAUAUUCUUCCUGCAAAUAAUAAAAAACAAGUUGUGUUAUCUUCAAAAGGUGGUGUUAAAACUUCAGUUGUUGAUAAUUUAAUUUCAAUAUUUGGUAAUAAUCAAAAUAAAAAUUUACUAAAUAUAAAUCUCGAAAUCACCCCAGAAAUUAAAAUCGAUGGUUAUAUUUCAUCUUAUUCUUUUGGUUUAGGGAGAUCAUCAGGUGAUCGUCAAUUUUUAUUCAUCAACAAACGUCCCAUUAACUACAAAAAUUUGUCCAAACUAAUAAAUGAGGUAUAUAAACAAUACAAUCAUGUACAAUUUCCUAUCUAUGUUUUGAAUAUAGAUAUAAACCCAAAUUUAAUUGAUAUUAAUUUACUUCCUGAUAAAUCUAAUGUAUUAAUAAAUGAUGAAUUGAAGGUUUUAGAACUUGUUAGACAAAAGUUGGCGGACUUUUUUGAAUUUCAAGAUAAAGUGAUGAUUCCUAAAAAUAAUAUGAAGGAAGAAUUGACUCAAAUUGAGUCUGAGCAACCUGAACUUUCUGAAGUCGAAAAUAAGAAUUAUUCAAAACCUCAAACAAAAGUUACUGAUUUUAUUUUCAAUCAAACAAACAUGAAUGAGUCUAUAAGUCGUCAAGAAGUAUUAAAUGAUGAAAAUGAUGUCAAUGAAGGUCAAGAGUCUCAUGAAUCAGAUCUAGGAAUGGGUGCUGAUGAUAGUAAUGACGAUUAUCAAGAGGAAGAAGGGGAGAGAUCAGAUAACGAAGCUACUACGAAUUUGUCUCGAGAGUUUGAUGUGUUAGAAGGUUCAAAAAGUAAAGAUUUUGAUUCAGGCAACGUAGAGGUAGGUGAAAGUAUACAAGAUAGUUCAAAAAUCAGGGAAAAUGACAGUGCUUUCAAAACCAAGAAAGAAGAACAUUCAGAAUCUCAAGAAGAAGCAAUAACCUUGUCUUCAGGAUACACAUCAAGUAGUCAAGCAUUUCUCCAAGAUGGCACGAUCUUUGACGAAAAUGACGAAAAGAUUCAAGAUAAUCAUGGAGUCAACUUUUAUCCUGUUUCAAAUCAAAAUACUUUAAGUAUUGAAAUUGGUCAAAAAAACUAUGAGGAACCACAAUUAAAAAAGAGGAAAAUAGAAAAAAGGUCCGAUUUAUUCAAAAUUUCAAAAACACAUUCUAGAGAAGAUGUUUUAUCACAAUUCAAAAACUUAAAAAACUUAAAUUUACCAAAAUCUACUUCUGAAAGUACAGAAGUGAAUAUUAACGAGCAAUUGAGUGAUUCUGAAAUUUAUCAUAUUACAAAAAAUGAUUUUUUAAAAAUGAAACUAAUUGGGCAAUUCAAUUUGGGUUUUAUUUUAGUUAAACAUGAUUCCAAUUUGUUUAUAAUUGACCAACAUGCAUCUGAUGAGAAAUAUAAUUUUGAGAAACUAAAUGAGUCGUUUCAAGUGAAAUAUCAACCUUUGAUAGCUAAACAAAAUUUGGACUUAAAUAUUAUUGAUGAAAUGUUGGUACUCGAUAAUGAGAAGAUUUUUCAAAAUAAUGGGUUUAAACUUACUAUUGAUAAAGAUAAGUCACCUGGGUCUAGAAUUUCACUUGCAUCGUUACCAGUGUACAAAAAAUCUAUGUUUGAAAUUGAUGAUUUUUAUGAAUUAAUUAAUUUGAUUAAUGAAAAUCCUGGAAAUCAAAAUUUAAAAUGUUCAAAAAUAAGGAAAAUAAUUGCAAUGAAAGCAUGUAGAAGUAGUAUUAUGAUUGGAUCAUUUUUGUCAAAUAAGAAAAUGAAAGAAAUUGUGAAAAAUUUAAGUACUUUGGACAAGCCAUGGAAUUGCCCACAUGGAAGACCAACAAUGAGACAUCUUACAGAAUUAAAAAAUUGGCAUGAUAAUUAUUAUGAUUAUGAAUUGUAA